AUGACGUCCCCUGAGAAGAAGAGGAAGAAGAAGACGACGACGAAUCCGUCACUUAAGCCAUCGCUUUUGCUCCCACCGACCCCGCAAUCAACCCCAAAUCCGGAUCUUCCCGAUGAUUUGCUUCUGAGCUGCUUCGCUCGCGUCUCGAGACUGUACUAUCCGACUCUCUCCCUCGUCUCCAAGAGCUUCCGUUAUCUUCUUGCUUCACCGGAGCUUUACCAGACUCGCUCUCAGUUAGACCGCACGGAGAGCUGUCUCUACGUGUGCUUAUCGCUCCCUCCUGACCCUAACCCUCGCUGGUUUACUCUCUGCCGGAGACCUAAUCAAACGCUCCUAACCAAGAAGAAGAAGAAGAAGAAGAAGAAGCAAAGUAGCAACCUUUUGGUUCCAAUCACAUGUCCGCAUUCUACUCCCGUUAGGGCUAGUUUCGUCGCCAUCGGUUCUGAUAUCUACGAAAUCGGCGGACUCGUCAAUGGCGUGCCUUCCUCUACGGUCUCGGUCUUUGACUGCAGGUCUCACUCGUGGCACCAAGCUCCAAACAUGCUUGUGGCUACGGAGAAACCACAAGCCAUGGCCAUCGAUGGAAAGAUAUAUGUUAGAGGUGCUGAACACUUGCAUACACCUUCUAUCUGCGUGAUAGAUAGCGUAUUGUAUCUCCAUCACCAGGGAGAGUUCAAAUGGUUUGACAACAAGGAAAGGGACGGGAGAAUUUUGCAGGGUUUACUGUACGGACUGGCGGGACUGCCUAAGUUUUUUUCUUGUUCGACUACUUGUAGUCAGAUUCAGUUGGCGGAUUAUGGUGGAAAGAUGGCGGUUUUAUGGGACAGGCAUGAUCGUUCUAGCGACUGUAAAGGAAGAAAAGUUUGGUGUGCGGUGAUCACGCUUGAAAGGCGUUCAAGUAAAGAGAUUUGGGGAAGGGUCGAGUGGUCUGAUGACUCUGAAGCUGUGCUUGAAGUCCCUGGGUCUGUUGCAUUCGUGGGUGUUGUUGCUGCUACUCUUUGA